AUGUGCCAUGCUCUGUCAGAGAUACCUAAGAAAGUUUUGGAGAGCAACCCGAUCCUGGAGGCCUUCGGAAAUGCCAAAACUAUCCACAAUCAUAACUCAUCCCGAUUUGGCAAAUUCAUGGAGAUACAAUUCGAUUCGCUGGGUGUGAUGAUCGGUGCGAAGAUGUGCGACUAUCUUUUGGAAAAGACUCGAAUUGUGCACCAGGCCGAAACCGAGAGGAAUUUCCACAUUUUCUAUCAACUGCUAGCGUGUGAGGAUAAAAGAAUUCUCGACACUCUCCAACUCAAUGGGACUACCACCAAUGGUUUUAGGUAUCUCAACGGUGGCGGAUGUGUUAAGCUCGAUACUCUGGACGAUAAGAAGGAGUUUGGCGAGUUACAGAAUGCGCUGGGCCGCUUCUUCUCGCCUGUGCUGAUUGAGGGUAUCUGGAAGGUUUUGGCGGCUAUUCUGCAUCUGGGAAAUAUCGACUUUACGGGAGCCGACUCCAUCCGCGGAGUCUCCAAUGAAAGCACGGCCACGGCUGCAGCCUCGCUUCUUGGGCUGGAAACGAACGACCUGAUCAAGUUCUUGACUAAGAAGAUCACACGUGCGGGCAAUGAUGUGGUGGAGUCAAACAUGCGCAGAGGCGAUGCCGUACGCACCCGAGAUACCCUCGCCAAGACUGUGUACCAACGUAUGUUCAAGUGGGUGCUCCAUACUCUCAACGGCGAGCUGUGUGUGGAGGCGGACGAUAUGGCCCACUAUUGCGGACUUCUGGACAUCUUUGGGUUUGAGGUAUUCAAGGUCAACGAUCUGGAGCAGAUGUGCAUCAACUACGCCAACGAAUCGCUGCAGAACUUCUUCAACAACUUUGUGUUUAAGAUGGAACAGCUUGAGUACCGGAACGAAAAUGUCAAGGUGAAAGCGGUCAACUUCACCGACAACCAGGACUGUUUGGACAUGAUUGCUGGGCCGAAAGACAGUAUCUUUGUGCUCUGCGAUGACCAGUGCCAGUUGGGGUCCAGCAACGUGGACAGUCUCAUCCACAACUUUGACGAGAAGCUGAAGCGUAACGCCUACUACAGCAAGGACAAAAAGUGCAAGAACACCCUCUCCGUUAAGCACUACGCCGGCAAGGUGACGUACGACGCCACUCUGUGGAUUGAGAAGAACAAAGAGCGUACCCCCGACACACUGGCGGGAUUGGUGGGACGCUCGCAGAUGGCUGUUGUGCAGACUAUCUUCACAGUGGGCGCGGGACUAGAGAGGAAGCCAUCCAAGAGCGAUGGCAACAACAGAGCAUCAGUGAUGAUCCGGGGCAGGAAGCAGCAGUCCGUUGUGAGCGCAUUCAAGAAGAGUUUGGAAGAACUCAUGACAUCGCUGAAGAAAACACAGCCGCUGUUCAUCCGCUGUCUCAAGCCAAACGGCGCGCAGGUGGCCAAAGUGUUCGACCAGAACUACAUUCUCAACCAGAUGAAGAGUGUGGGCAUGGUAGACACCAUCCGUAUCCGUCAGAUCGGUUUCCCAGUGCGCUACACCUUCCCGGACUUCAAUGAAAAGUUCCUAAAUCUGCUGCCAAAUGAUGUCAAGGCGCCGGCAAUGAAGCUCAACGACUCACGCCAACUGUCCGAAUACAUUAUGAAGUGGCUGGCCGUAGAAGACGACGAGUAUGCGAUGGGACUGUCCAAAGUUUUCGUGAAGGACUCGCAGGCCGAUGCGCUGGAGAAUCGUUUGGCGGCGGUACAGAGUAUGUCCCUAUUUAUUUGGUGGGUUUAG